UUAACUAAUUUGACAGCUGCUUCGGUCGUCAUAUCAAAUAGAGGAAAAUCUAAGCCGUGUCAAUUUUCUUGUCUAGAAUUUUUAACUACUGAGAAAAACAAUAUUCUAUGUUAUAGUUUUUCAUAUUUUGUGCGUUUCAAUUUGGAUUAAGUGUCGUGGGGAAAAUAGUUAGUUUAUUUGUUAGAUGAAUGUGAACUAUUUUCUCAAUAACACAGUAUAAACAUCAACCCCUCCAUUUAGAAUUAGAACAACACAACCAAAAAAAAAAAAUAUAUACAAGCAAAAGGCUGCUGUCGACGCCAACGCCAACGUUGUCAUCGGUAACGACAGUAUUGAGGAAGUAGUCAACGCAGAAGUAGUGAUAUUGGCGAAAACUGGCUGCAACGGCAAUAAAGAUAAAACAAAGCAAAUCAAAUAGCAAUUGAACAACAUUGUAUAUAAAAAAUAAAAGUAAACGCAUAAAAAAGUGUUUGUUUUUACAAAUAAAAUUUACAAAAUCACUGAAUUCAUUGCUGCAGCAUGCCGUCAAAGAAGAAGAAAUACAAUGCGCGUUUUCCGGCGGGUCGCAUCAAGAAAAUAAUGCAGAGUGACGAAGACAUCGGAAAGGUCGCGCAAGCUGUUCCCGUCAUAAUUUCUAGGACAUUGGAACUCUUUGUGGAAUCGCUUUUGACGAAAACAUUAAGAAUUACAAAUUCGCGUAAUGCAAAAACAUUGUCAACAUCCCACAUGAAGCAAUGCAUCAUGUCGGAGCAGCGUUUCGACUUCUUGCGCGAAUUGGUGAAGAAUGUGCCUGAUAUCAGUGUAGCAGAAGAGGCAGCCAACUAUAACGAAGAGGACGGACAAAGUUCACCCGAUGAUGUUUAUCCUGAUUCGGAUACACCAUACGAUCUGAGCAUGCCAUCCACAUCAGGUGGACGCAAUCAAUAUCGUACGGUUUCUGGACAGACGAAAAUCAAUGGCGGACAAACACAUUUCCAGUACAAACAACAGCAGCAAUACCAAUUACCGUCGCAUAACGGUAGCGCUAUUAACACUGCGUCCACUGAAGCAGAUUUAAGGCAACGCAUACGGCAACGCCUCAAUAACACACAGAGUGUAAUUGUGCAUACGGCAUCUGUUGCACAAGCAGCAGCAGCAGCAGCAAAGCCACCAACCGCCUCACCUGCAACAGCAACAACAACACCAGCCAUAACGCCAACAACACCCAGAGCUGCUUAUGGCAAUUAUGUACAGCCCAUUAAGCUAAUGCGUUCCGAAUCGUCACCCGCCAAUGCCGCCCAGCAUUUGUGGCAGGUAUCAACCAAUUCUGCUACACAAAAGCAAACGGGCCAAAAGCGUCUGCGGCAUCAGGCGUUAUCAGUGCCGUGCAACAACAAUAAUGACAAUUGUACCGGUACAUCGCCAGCCAAGCGACAAAAGGCCGAUUCAAUAACACAACAAACACAUUCACAAACUGCCAUACCCGCGCCCGUUUUCAGCUACGAUCUCUGCAAUAAGCCCGUUGUAAAGAUCGAUUACAGCAAUCUACCGUUAACGCCUGCCACAUUGGGUACCAGCGAACAGCUACACACAACACCCAGCAUGGGCAAUUUGCCGUUGAGCGCGCCUGUAACAAGUGCGAAUUUCAAUUUCAGUGCUGCUGCACCCAUUAUCAACAUUGAUUUGUCCAACAUAGUGACGAAUAGCGGCGGCGAUAGUAAAUUGUUGAGCGCAGGCAAUAAAGCAUCGGUUCCUGCUGUGGCCACCAUAAGCAUUGGCGCUCUACCAGUUGAAAUGGCCAGUGCUGUUGCCACACCACCAGCCAGUGGUGUGUGCAGCAAUAUUGGUGUGAUGGUGAAAACGCCACCAACGUCCAGUACUCCGCCCACAAAUCAAUUAGCUGACUGUAAAAUAGACGCCAACACCACAGCCGGUGAGUCUACAUCAUCAGCCUCGUCGUCCUGUUGCUCACCAUCGUCAUCGUCACUGGCAUCGACGUCGGCCAACAGCCUACAGGGUGGUGGUAGCAAGAGCAUGUUGAAAGCUUCAAGCGAGAUAAUGGCAAAAAUGACUGCAGCCGGCACAAAAACACUUGCUGCAACGUGUAAAAGUUCGAAUAUAUUGUUCGAAUUAGACGAAGACUAUGACAAUAUUUGAAUUUAUUGAUUUAAGUUUUAAAUCUUAACAUAACCGUUAAGGAUUUUUUCCUUUUUUUUUUUAAAUAAAUCAGACUACCAAAAAGUGAAGUUGUUAUUAUUUUGAGUAACUAGCAGCAAAUAAACGUCGUCAGAUUGAGGCGGCGAAAAUUACCCAACAAACCGUUCCUGUUCCCAGGACAGUCGGGUCUAAGUAACCGAAACGGACACGGAUUCGUGCACCACUCCUCGAAAUUACUUCAGAAAUGUUUUCUGUCGCUACAACAACAACAAUUACAACACCUACCUUUUUUAACUGGAGUUAACGGUAUCUCUGCGUGCCGGCGCCACAUUUCUAGUCUAGCACAUGCUGACACAAAGAGUCGGCAGUAUACAUACAUAUAUGUAUGUAAAAUGAAUUUGCUAAACGUCGGCUUUUGUUCAACGAACUAGUUCUUGAAUGCUUAGCAACCCUUUAAAUCGAGGCGAUAAGUUGUUCAGUACUGCGUAUUCAUCUCAAUGGCAAGAUAUAAUUCUUCAAAAUAACUUUAGAAAUAUUUUCUACAACAACAACAAUCGUAACACAUAUAUUUUAACGGAUCACAAUCACGCAUCUGAGGUUCAGCAAAUCGCGAAAUAUCUGAAGACACGUGCGAAGUAAAACAUAGCUGUCUACAACUCUAAUAAUAGAGUAUACAUAACUGAAAAGGAUUAAAAAAAUUUAAACAAAAAUUGUUUUUUUUUUUGUUCAUGUUCCAUUAAUGAAUUGUCUCUUAAAUCCAACAUUUCGAAAAACAUGAAACAUAUGUACUCGUAUGCCGACAAUAAAUAUAGUAAAUUGUAAGCAGUGAUCGUUUUUGUUAUUCGGUUAUUAUAAUUUCGUUAUUGAAGUUAUUCGAUAAACAUCUUUGGUUAUGUAAGUGAAAGCCAUUCUAAACUCAAGCCAAACGGGUUUACUUAAGGUGAUUGCUAGUAAAACCAAGUUCCUUAAUAAUCGGCGAAUCAUUUUGAAUAAUUUUGGAGUCCCUUGAACCUUUAGAUAAUUACUAGGAGAAGCUCCAAAAACGAACCGUUCCCACGACAGCCGGGUCUAAGCAACCAGCAGGGCACAAUAGACCCUAAUCUAAUUCUAAUUCUAAACGGAAUGAACCCGGACUGGGCCAAGGACUAUUAAUUCGGCACGCUUCUGUCGCUACAACAACAGUACCUACGAAAAAAAUCGAAUCUGGAGGUGAGCAAGCUUUUUCUACUUCAUAUUAUUUCUAAAUUUAAAUCUAAAAACCAAA